AUGCUGCAGCUCCUGAUCUCUCCCAAGACAGCGUACCGACACACCUCGUACCACCGGCAAACAAAAGACCACUGGGCGAGAGACGACCCUGCCUUUGUGGUCCUCCUCGCCGGCAUCAUCGCACUGAUCACAGCAGCCUAUUGCAUAGCGUUUGGGCCAGGGUUAGGCGGCUCCCUGCUGAUCAUCCUGGCUGCGGUGAUCAGGGACUUCCUCAUCGUGGGAGCACUGAUAUCCCUCGGCGGCUGGCUGCUGGCGACGCGCUUCCUGUACUCCCCAUCGGGCCAGGAGCACGCCAUCGAGCAGCGCAUGGAGCUGAUGUACGCAUUUGAUGUGCACUGCAACUCCUUGCUCCCGUGGCUGCUGAUAGUGAACGUCCUGCAGCUGGUGCUCUCGCCGCUCCUGGUCUCCCAGUCCUACCUGGCGGCCGCGGUAUCGUGCACGCUGUACGUCGCAGGCGCCUCCUCCUACCUGUACAUCACCUUCCUGGGCUACAGCGUCCUGCCAGGGCUCAAUCACACCGUGCUCCUGCUCCUGCCCGUGGGUGCAAUGGCUGUGGCACUCCCCCUUGCCAUACUGGGGAGGUUCAACCCCACACGAACGGCGCUCUGGCUCUACUAUGGAUACAGGAGGGCCUGA